ACUCGCGAUCGAUCGAUCGCUCAUACAUAGUACAUCAGCUGAGCUGUUUCAGGAUGGCGACUUCCACGGGCAGCAAUGGGGCUACGCCUUCCGCGAGCAGGAUGCCUGAUUUCUCAAUUUUGAAGCAGUUAUCGAGAGAACAUUUAGGUCACCUUCUUGAGUCAAUGCCAAACAACAAAGACCUAGUGAUUGAACCUGAUCUGAUGAAGCCGCUCGAUAGGAUAGCUGGUGCACAGCUCCUAAGGAAACAUGGUGUGGAAAAGAUUUUCAAGUUAGAUACAGACACACUAGCUGGAGGUGGAUAUGGACGCAUGUAUUUGGUAAGGCCAUCUGUCCCAGUUGUGAAGCAGAUAGCAAGUCAGAUUCGGAGUGACAAAGUAAAUGACAGACAAAGGAAAUACUCCAUUAUUUUUGUUCCAAGAAGGCUUCAUGUGUGUGAUCUGAUUUUGGAAGAAGAAGGUGUCUUUGCAGAUGUAACAAUGGAAGAGUUUCAUCUCGAUCUCUUUCCUCUCGACUAUGACAUCCUAUCGCUAGAGCUACCAAACUUCUUCAGAUUAUUCUUCCUCGAUGGCGACCAAACGUGGAUCCAUUCGGUAUCUACAUCCUUAGCGAGCUUACAAGCCUUAUUUGGAACCAUACCACACAUCUACUACACAGGGAGGUGUUCUAAGAUGGUUUGGGAUAUGAUGAACACUUUACAAUCCCUCCAAGGAACUCCAAUGAAAGCUCCUGUGAAGAAUGAGAUUGGCCAUCUCUUCUUGAUCGACAGGGAAUGCGAUAUGGUCACCCCCAUGUGUACCCAGACCACCUACGAGGGCCUCGUGGAUGAGACCUUCGACAUCAGCAGCGGUUAUUGUGAAUUUGGCCCUGAAGUGACGGGCGGAAAACCUCUCAGAUUGCUUCUCACUGUUGAGGAUCAGCUCUUUGAAAACAUACGCAACCGUCAUAUAUCAGAUGUCUUCACUUACCUGAGUUCUACAACAAAGACAGUACAGACGGGGUAUAAUAAAGGGAGACAGUUAAGUUCAGUGAGUGACAUGAAGACGUUUGUACAGUCUGAAUUGAAGGAUCUGAAGCAGAAAUAUAAAUCACUCACAAUUCAUAUUGGAGCAUGUGAGGUGAUCAUGAAUCAGAAAAACACUCAGCUGGACUUUGAUGAGCAUCUUCAAACAGAACAUGCGUUGCUUGAUGGAACAAGUAUGAAAGACAACUACACAUUCAUCGAGGAACAAAUUGACAAGCAGAUGUCUAUAACAAGAACCCUCAGACUGAUGUGUUUACUGUCACUAACACAGAAUGGUUUACCCAGCAAAGAAUACCAGACAUUACUGAGGCACUUCCUUCAGAGUCACGGUUACGAACACCUCUUAACCUUUGCCAAUCUGAAGAAACUGGGUCUGUUUGUUGAACAGCAGCCAGUAGAGAUCAACAUGGGAAAGAUGUCUGUCUCUGGGGUCACCACCAAGAUCAGUGGCGUAGCGGACAAGGCCAUGAAGAGGGCAGGCUUCAGGCAGCUUUCAAGGAAACUCAACUUGAUCCCCAAGGCUUCUGAAGUGAACCUUAAGGACCCAAAUGACAUGUCUUACGUAUACAGCGGUGCCUAUACCCCCAUCACGUGCCGAUUGGUUGAACAGGUACUUUCAAGAGGGAGUUGGGCCAGUCUUGAUGAUGUUACCAAGUUAUUACCAGGACCAUCCUAUGCUACACACAAAUCAACAUCUGUUAAAGGUCAUACAGGAAGCAGUUCCAUCAGUGGCCCUCCCUCAGAGAGAGUUGUAAUGGUGUACUUUAUAGGAGGCUGUACCUUCGCAGAAAUCAAUGCCCUGAGGCUUCUUGGAAAAAUGAAGAAUUACACUUUCAUCAUUGCCACUACAUCCGUUAUCAACGGCAACAAGCUAAUGUCAUCUAUCAAGGAGCCUUGUUGAUCUGUCUAUGAUGCACCUUGAAGGACACCUGACUUUAACAGUUCCAGGAACUGCAGAGACACCACCAAAGACAUAAUCAAGAACAAUGUUCAACUCAAUGUAAUGGGUCGUCUGUGGUGGUGUGGCUCACUACAAUACACAGUGAGGAUGCAGAAGGGAUAGUUUAAUAGCCUGUCUCCAAUAAUUUUCAUAGUAUACCCUAUUCCUUGAGACUUUGUACAUGUACAUGCACUUCCAUUUGGAAACAUAAUGUUAAGAUAUGGGUGGCUGGUACACAGUACAUGACCAAUUCAGCCAUUUGGCUGCGACUCAUGUUUUUAAUAAACCUUGAAUUGAAUUGAAUUAUUGCGCAUUUUCACAAAAGUCUGGGACUUACAGCUACAACAGUUCCAAGAACUGCAGAGACACCCCAAAUACAUCACCUAGGACAUUUUACAUUUCAGUGUAGCAAGGCUCUCCCAGAUCAGGCUCAGGUCCAUAAGCAGCAAGGGUGCAGUUAUGAAAGUUGCCCCUGUCCCCAGCAAAUUUCACAAGUCUAUCCCUUUUUUAUUGCAUAUGUUCACAAAAGUCUAUGACACCUAGCUACAGCAGCUCCAAGAUCUGCAGAGGCAUCACUAUAGACUACAACUCAGUGUAAUGGUUAUUCUGUGAUGGUCCUGAACCAGGGAUAAUGACGUUUUCACAAUUCAAGCCCUUGGCCAUGAGCAGCGAGGCUGGAGAGGGGGGGGGGGUAGUUCUUCCAUCCCCAGAAUAUUUUUAAAGAUCAUAUCGUCAGUGUCAUCCGAACCAUCGAAUCACACAUACGAUGGUGCAAACCCAAUUCAGAGAAAAUCGACUACAAAGUUUACUGUAAUUUUCACACUUAGUUCCCCUGCCUUACAACAUAUUCAUUGCUAGAAAAAUACAUGGUUGGAAAGACCAAGACAAUUGCUUGACAUUUGUAUCUUUAUUCUUACACAAAACCAAGGAUCGGAGAAAAUAUCGCAAAACAGCUACAUGCUUGUAAUUUCGGUUUGAGCAGUUUAUAUUUUGUAGUUGUUGUAUCGCGCCAUACGCGAUACAACAACCCUGACCACGAUUUCAAUGCGCGCAGUCAGUCGAAACCUUUUAUCAUUUUUUCAGGUGCAAAGUUAAUGCAGUGCCGAUACGACGGUUUGACUGACCAAGUGUGCGCAGCUGUUGUUUUCUUUGCUACAGUAUGUUUCCUAUGGGGUUUGCGCAUUUUAUCAACAAUUUGCAUGGCAUCCCCCUGGAAAUCCCCAGAUAUCUCAGAAACUACAAUAAAUUGCUGCCUAGAAAGUUAGUUAUGAAUAGAAUAGGACUUGUGCUUUCAUUUUUCGCAAAAAUUUCAAAAUCAAUUUUUUUUUUUCUCAAACCAAAAUUGACUGAUACAACGGUUUUUAUGAAUGCCAACGAUAUUAUGGAAAUCAUUGGUUUACAUCGCUGUUGAAUCAAUGUAGAUUUGUAAUAUGACAUAAGAACAGUACUAUAUUUGUAUGAAAUCUAGCUGUAAAGGAGGCCACCAUUAUACCACAUCAAUUUAUUCAGAAUCAGCUUGCCAUUGAUAUUAAUGUGUCCUGGGGCUCAUUGCAGAAAAUGAUGCAUUUUAAUGCAACUAAAAAAAUAUUAAGCACAUUUUCUGAAAACAAACAUGCUGUCCAACAAAUAGUUGCAAAUUGAUCCAAUUAACCUAUUUAUUUUGCUUUAUGAUUCAUUAAUCUAAUGAGAACAAAUAUACAUGAGUUAGUAGGAGACGAGGAGACUAAGCAGAGAGAAGGGACCCCCCCCCCCCAGGUUCAAAAUAGAGUAUGUUUGUUGAUUCAGUAAGUCAUUUUCUUAAAGUAAAAUAAUGUAUUGAUACUUGUCUUCAUGAUUUUUGUCUCGCCUGCAUAGCAGAGCGAGACUAUAGGCGCCGCUUUUUCGACGGCGGCGGCGUCGUCAACAUUGAAAUCUUAACCAAGGUUAAGUUUUUGAAAUGUCAUCAUAACUUAGAAAGUGUAUGGACCUAGUUCAUGAAACUUGGAUGUAAGGGUAAUCAAGUAUUACUGAACAUCCUGUUGAAGUUUCAGGUCACAUGACCAAGGUCAAAGGCCAUUCAGGGUCAACAAACUUUGACCAUGUUGGUGGUAGUUGUGGAAUCGUCAUCAUAACUUUGGGAUUUUAUGGAUCUAGUUGAUGAAACUUAGGCAAAACAGCAAUUAUGUCUCCCUGAACGUCCUGUGCGAUUUUCAGGUCACAUGACCAAGGUCGAAGGUCAUUUAGGGUCAACAAACUUUGAUAAUGUUGGGGUAUUUGUGGAAUUGUCAUCAUAACUUUAAAAGUUUAUAGAUCUAGUUCAUGGAAACUUGGGACAUAAGAGUAACUAUGUAUCCCUGAAUAUCUUGUGCUUGUUUCAGGUCACAUGAUCAAAAUCAAAGGUCAUUUAGGGUCAAUGAACUUUGGCCGUGUUGGGGGUAUUUGUUGGCAUCAUAACUUAAAAAGUUUAUGGAUCUACACAUGUAUAUGUAGUUCAUGAAACAUAGACAUAAGGGUAAUCAAGUUGUUUUGCACAUGUCUGAUGUCACAUGAUCAUGGUCAAAGGUCGUGUUGGGUAAAUGGACAUAGUAUUUUAUUAUCAUAUAAGUGUUUUCUUUUAUGAAUAAUUAUUGAAGAGUUUUUUUCAAAGUCAGCACUGCUGUUAUAUCAAAUCGCGUAACGCAGGCGAGACUGCCAGAGGCGUUCCACUUGUUAUAUUUAAACAACUUGAAUUAUCCACUUAUUUGUUAUGCCUUUGCCACCAAAGAGGGAUGGAUCGUGCAAUAAGUUUUUUACAUUUUUUUUUCUUUCAUUUUAAUGAGUUUUAUACAUAGGCAGGAUUUUUUUAAAGAUCAAAUAUGUAAAAGAAUAAUUCAAGAAAAAUUAUAGUUAC